UUAUAGAUGAAUAGCAUAAAUGGUUCCGAUGAUCCGAGCCCUGCACCUCCAGGGAAGCUGUGCCUAGCCCAAUUGAAGUGGACUCUGCUGUGUGGGUAGUGUGCAUGUAGAUCUAAACAUGGAUCCUGUUAAAGAUAUUGAACACACUGAAGAAAUCCAUGCCACCCCAAGACGACGGUGUCAAUGUGGAGAAUACUGUCAUAUUCGUUGUAAUAAAUGUCCCUCCUGUAAGGCCGUUUUUCCACCUUCCAAUAAGAAACUGGCUGUAGGAGAGCCAAGAAAGUAUCCUGCGGAUCUAUUGGCACAACUUCACAAAAAGGUUGAGUGGAAUUACAUAUUGGGAUUGUUAAUAAUUAUAACCAGUUAUCAGCACAUUGAUUAUAAUUAUAUAGUGAUAAUUAUACUACUUGCAUGUAUGAUUGUUGCACACUUAUGCAAGUUAAUUGCAUGGCUGAAGUGAUGUAUCAUGCUUAUAGCUACCAACAUAAUUAUGAUAUGAGACGAUACAAGUUGUGUACCUCUCUGUGUGCCUCUCUAUGUGCCUAUAAUUAUAGCUGGGGAAAAAGUUUGAUUUGCAAAAAUCAUAUAAUAAUCAAUUAAGAGUCCAUAAUAAAAGGAGAGAGUAUCGAACGAAGUAUUACCUUGCAUCCGGAAAGUAAUGUGGCUUCCUGCUUGGUAUAACUGACCAAUCUGAGCGCCUGGAGCCGGCCCCACUUGCCUCGAGACAGCAAUAGAAUGUUAUUGCCAAAUAAAAUAUUAUUAUCAGUUCAGAGACAAAAUCUACAACUGAUGCACAGUAUGCAUUCGUUCGAUGCUUUCUUCUCUGGACUCUUUCUAUAAUUGUGAUGUCUCACACAUGGUACAUUUAUUUAUGAAUGUUAACUUUGUUUUUGUGUUCCUCCAGGCAAACCAGUUGCACCAACUUGGAUAUGAUGUCUUUAUCAUUACGCAUAGGUAUUCCAAAGUAUACACACUUAUCAAAGAAUCACUAUACACCUGGUGCAGCUAAGGAGUUCAGUCAUAAAUAUGAAAACGUUUUUCAAUUGUGGAAGUCUUACAUGAAUGUGAAACCCAAUACUACCCUAACUAACAGUUCCACCCUCUCUACUAGCCCUACCAGUCAGCCUGCUGCCGACUCUAACAGUGCCCCGACACAGGAAAAUGUUCCCAUCAACACUAACAGUUCCACCCUCUCUACUAGCCCUAACAGUCAGCCUGCUGCCGACUCUAACAGUGCCCCGACACAGGAAAAUGUUCCCAUCAACACUAACAGUUCCACCCUCUCUACUAGCCCUACCAGUCAGCCUGCUGCCAACUCUAACAGUGCCCCGACACAGGAAAAUGUUCCCAUCAACACUAACAGUUCCACCCUCUCUACUAGCCCUACCAGUCAGCCUGCUGCCGACUCUAACAGUGCCCCGACACAGGAAAAUGUUCCCAUCAACACUAACAGUUCCACCCUCUCUACUAGCCCUACCAGUCAGCCUGCUGCCGACUCUAACAGUGCCCCGACACAGGAAAAUGUUCCCAUCAACACUAACAGUUCCACCCUCUCUACUAGCCCUACCAGUCAGCCUGCUGCCGACUCUAACAGUGCCCCGACACAGGAAAAUGUUCCCAUUAACACUAACAGUUCCACCCCCUCUACUAGCCCUACCAGUCAGCCUGCUGCCGACUCUAACAGUGCCCCGACACAGGAAAAUGUUCCCAUUAACACUAACAGUUCCACCCUCUCUACUAGCCCUACCAGCUGCAGUCAGCCUGCUGCUGCUGUCUCUAACAGUGCCCCGACACAGGCAAUUAACAGUUACUGUCUUCACUACCACCCUAACUGAUAAAGAAACGUCGUCGUUGCGGUGUCUGCCGACAUCCUAAUUGUGGUACAUGCCCAACAUGCUUAAAUCAGAAAUGGAAAAAGGCAUGUUUAAAAAGACAUUGCCAUAAUAAGAAUUAAUUUAUUAACUGUGAAUUGAACUGAAUUUUAUUUAAGGCAUGAAUAUAUAGUCUAUUGCUAUAUAGCUCAUAGUAAUUAUUAUUCAUUAAUUUAGUAUCAUAAUUUUAUACAGUCAGUUGGUUACUCAUGCAAACUAUCAAUAUUCAUAAUCAUCACUAUCGUUCUCUGAGUCAUUAUCUUCCGCUAU